CGGGGAGGAGGUGCCAGGCUGUUUGGUUGCUAGCUGCCGCCGCUCGCCCGACCGCUUCAUUGUCACCGGGCCUCGUAGUCGGCGCCGGGGCCGGGGGCGCGAGGGCGCGAGAUCCCGAGGUCGUCGGCCCGAAGCCUGGGCUCCCUGUGUCUCCACUUGGAGGGCCCCGCGCAUCCCUCGCAGUUCGGUCCUACAGGCCCCGAGUCCAGGCCCGACUCACGCAGGGCCACUUAUCCACCAUGAAAGGCUCCAGGGCCCUCAGCGGCCCCGAGGGCAGCCUGGAAGGCGUGGACUUGAGUCUGACAGGCCUCCCUCCACCCAUGAACCGGCGCCCCAAUAGUGCUUCCACCACCAAGCCCAUCACCCGCUCCAUCUCCGUGGUCACUGGCAGUGAGCCAAGGAGGAAGACGCUGGAGAACCCAGGGCCCGGAGGCUCCCGGGCCAUCAACAACCUUCGCAGAUCUAACAGCGCCACGCAGGUCAACCAACCACAAGCCAACCAGGCGUGGCCCAGCCCCCUCAGGCCGGCAGAGCCCCCAGACUUCCUGACUCUCUUCGAGGGCAGCCCCAGUGGGAGAAAAAGGCCAGCCAGUCUGAGCAAAGCCUCCAGUGAGAAGGGAGCCACGUGGAAUGUGCUGGAUGACCGGCCCAGGGCCUUUACCUUGCCAUCUGAUGCCCAGAGUCCUGGAGCCCUCGACGUGCCAGUGGGCCCGAGGAGGAGAGAGUGCACGGUGCCCCUGGCCCCCAACUUCACCGCCAACAACAGGAGCAACAAGGGUGCCGUGGGCAACUGCGUCACCACCAUGGUGCACAACCACUACACCCCCUCAGAAAAGGUGCUGCCGCCCCCCAAGAGCUCCAACCACACGGCUCCCUCCCUCAACAACAUCAUCAAGGCAGCCACAGACGAGGGCGAGGGCAGCAGCCUUGGGAAACCGCAGAAGAACGUGGCCCGCAGCAACCACGUGGUCCAGAAUAACUCGGGGGGUACCGCCAGCCUGCUAAGACGGAAGGAGGUGACCGAGGAGGAGGCUGAGAGGUUCAUCCACCAGGUGAACCAGGCCGCUGUCACCAUCCAGCGCUGGUACCGACACCAGGUGCAGCGGCGCCAGGCCGGAGCCGCCCGCCUGGAGCGCCUGCUGGCGUCCAAGCGAGAGGGGCAGCGGCAGCGCCUGGGAGAGGGGACCCUCCUGGACCAACACCAACAGAAAGAGGCAGCCAGGAGGAAGGCCCGGGAGGAGAAGGCGCGCCAGGCCCGGAGGGCAGCCAUCCAAGAACUGCAGCAGAAGCGAGCCCAGAAAUCAGGCAAUGCUGACCUUGGGCUGCUGAAGGCGACGGGGAAGACGGAGAAGCCCCAGCCCACCCAGGAGCCAGCCGUGAGGCCAGGGAGCACCGCUCAGCAGACCCGCAAGGCCAAUAACACUGGGGCCAGGUUCCGCACUGCAGGCUUGGAGGACGCUGGCCAGCCUGCCCUUGGCUCGUCCCCAGAGCCCCAGCAGCUCUCCGAGGACAAGCCUCAGGAUGCCAGCCUCCAGGACGUGCCUGGUGAGGGCCUGGAGGGCAUGGGCCCUGCUGGGAGCAGGGCCAAGUCAAAGGCAACCCUGGACGAGCUGCUGGACACGCUGAAGCUGCUGGAGCAGGAACCUGAACCGCUGCCCUGCCCCCGGGCCUACCACAAGGACAAAUAUGCCUGGACCGACGAGGAGGAUGAUGCCAGCUCCCUGACAGCGGACAACCUGGAGAAAUUUGGGAAGCUGAGUGCAGCCACUGGCCCCCCUGAGGAUGGGACCCUGCUUUCAGAGGCCAAACUGCAGAGCAUCAUGAACUUCCUGGACGAGAUGGAGAAGUCUGGGCAGGGCCGGCCGGCCUCAGCCCCUCAGGGGCCCAUGCCGGAGGAGGGGCUGGGGCGCCUGGAGCCUGCAUCCGAGGUCAGCACAUCAGUGAUGCGACUGCAGCUGGAGGUGGAGGAGAAGAAGCAGGCAAUGGUGCUACUGCAGAGGGCGCUGGCACAGCAGCGAGACCUCACCUUCCGGCGGGUCAAAGAGACGGAGAGGGAGCUGGGCCGGCAGCUGCGGCAGCAGAAGGAGCACUACGAGGCCACCAUACAGCGGCACCUGUCUUUCAUCGACCAGCUGAUCGAAGACAAGAAGGCUCUGGGCGAGAAGUGUGAGGCCCUGGUGGCUGAGCUGAAGCUGGGGGACCAGAGGCGCAAGGACAGGGAGGCCCAGCUGCAGGAGCAGCAUGAGCUGGAGAUUAAGAAACUCAAAGAGCUCAUGAGCGCCACAGAGAAAGUCCGCAGAGAGAAGUGGAUCAAUGAGAAAACCCGGAAGAUCAAGGAGAUCACGGUCAAAGGCCUGGAGCCUGAGAUCCAGAAGCUGAUCGCCAAGCACAAGCAGGAGGUAAAGAAGCUCAAGGGUCUGCACGCGACAGAGCUGCUGCAGGCAGAGGAGCGCGCGGCGCAGCACUACCGGCGCCAGGCGGAGGAGCUCCGCGAGCACCUGGAGCGGGAGAAGGAGGCGCUGGGCCGGCAGGAGUGGGAGCGAGCCCAGCAGCGCUUCGAGCAGCACCUGGAGCAGGAGCAGCGGGCCCUGCAGCAGCAGCGGCGGCGGCUUUACAACGAGGUUGCGGAGGAGAAGGAGCGGCUGGGCCAGCAGGCAGCCAGGCAGCGGGCAGAGCUGGAUGAGCUGAGGCGGCAGCUAGAGGAGAGCAGCUCGGCAGGCGGCCGGGCCCUGAGGGCCGAGUUUGAGAAGGGGAGAGAGGAGCAGGAGCGCAGACACCAGGCCCGUCCCGGCCCUGGCAGACCCAGCUCUGGGUGGGGAGGGGCCAGGCAAAGCUGCUGUUACACUGUCGACUGCCCCCAGAUGGAACUGAAGGCCCUGAAGGACCAGCUGGAGGUGGAGAGACAGAUGUGGGAAGCCAACUCCGCCAAGAAGGAGGAAGCAUGGUUGUUGAACCGAGAACGGGAGCUGAAGGAGGAGAUGCGGAAAGGCCGGGACAAGGAGAUUGAGCUGGUCAUCCACCGGCUGGAGGCCGACAUGACGCAGGCCAGGGAGGAGAGUGAACGGGCCGCGGAGAACCGGGUCAAGCGCGUCCGGGAUAAGUACGAGGCGGAGCUCUCGGAGCUGGAGCAGUCGGAGCGGAAGCUCCAGGAGCGGUGUGCGGAGCUGAAGGGGCGCCUCGGGGAGGCCGAAGGGGAGAACGUGCGUCUGCAGGGCCUGGUGCGACAGAAGGAGAAGGAACUGGCAGACGUGAAGGCGGUGAACGAGCAGCUGACUGGAGAGCGCAGCAGCCUGGCCCAGGUCCUCCGCCAGGAGUUCGCCGACCAGCUGGCGACGUCCGAAGAGGAGAAUCGGCAGGUCAAGGCUGAGCUGGCUGAGCUGCGGGCCCGCCAGCGGCUCGAGCUGGAGCAGCUCACGCGGGAGAAGCAAGCGGAGCUGGAGGAGGUUCACGGGAGGGUGAAGAUGGCCCUGGCAAAGAAGGAGGAGGCCGUGAGCAGCCUCCGGAAGCAGCACCAGGCCGCGAUGAAGCGGGCUGACCACCUGGAGGAGCUGCUGGAGCAGUGCAGGCGGCCGUUUCCGAGCACCAAGUGACCACCGACUGCAGCAGGCUGCGGCCGCCCUGCGGGACACCGAGGCUGCGUGGUAACAGUAAAGAGGUGUCUUUUAAUACUU